AUGGCAAGAAAUGACUUCAAAGAAUUGAAAACACGCAAAGACUUCGAACGUCAACUGAAAGCUGUGAUUGCAAUUCAGAGUGUUGCAAGGGGCUAUCUGGCUCGUCGUUCGUUCCAGUUACUGAAAGAAGAGUGCGAAAAAAGGCGUAGGGCAGCAAUCGUAAUACAGAGUUAUAUGAGAGGUUGGGUGGCGCGUUGUGCCUACCAAAAGUUGAAAGCACAAAGGGAUUGGGAACGCAAAACUCAAGCAGUGAUUGCGAUACAGUCCUAUGUGAGGCGUUUCCUGGCCAAAUGCGUAUAUUGUCGUAUGAAGGCGGAGCAUUUGAAAGAGCUGGAGCGGCGGCGACAUCAUGCAGCUAUUGUUAUUCAGAGUGUUGUAAGAAGAUACUUGGCUGAAUGUCAGUUGGAUCGCCUGAGAAUCGAAUGGAAACAGCAGUGUCGUGAAAAGGCUGCCGUCGUUAUACAGUGUAAUGUCCGUCGAUACAUUUGUCGUAAACGUUACUUGCAAUGGAAGAUGCAAAAAGAAAUCGAACAGUCUAAGCAAAAUGAAGCUGCUGUUAUCAUUCAGGCUUGGUAUCGACGUUUGAUUGCUCAGAGGCGAGUGGCCACGAUGAUUUUGAAUGAAGCGAAUCUAGCGGACACAUCAACUUCAUCGUUGGAAGACGAGGAGGGAGUGAGUGGUGAAGUGACAGACCGGGAUAGUGGCCUUAAACAACAAAAGGACUAUCGGAAUCAGAUACGUCGCAUAUAUCGUCGUAUCAAGAUACAACAACGCGAGCAGAAGAAUUUGAAAGCCGUUCUGAGAGCAUAUUUUCGAGCGGCUGCAAAGCGACGAUGUGAAGAGUUGAGACGCGAUCGAGCUGCCAUCAAAAUUCAGGCGCUGUGGCGAGGGUAUCNAUCUCGUAAGCAAUGUAAGGCGAUGCGAGACAGGAUCGCGGAAGGAAUGAAGCGUUUUCAUGAGCGGAGAGUGAGUGCCGACGAAAGGGAACAACGCAAGAGACCAAUAAUAAAACGUGUCAUCCAUCUGUUGCCACAUUUGAUGUCGGAGGAUCUAGCGAAACGCAGUUAUGCAGCCAAUAAUCUUGCUAUAUUCACUGAAUAUUCGGAACGUUGUGCAGUGUAUGUGUUCGAACAGGGUGGCAUCGAAAUGAUAUUGGACUCGCUGGAUAGCUCGAAUCGUGGAUAUGCUUCACUUUAUGUUGUUACCAGUAUCAGCAAAAUAUUGGCCAAUUUGUUGAAGUUUACGAAAGCUGCGUUCUACGUGAACGAGUUAAGGAAACGUUAUGCGCACUUAGGUGAAGACGAACGUCGUCUGAAGUGUUUGGCAGAUGUGGAAUCUGCCUAUGAAAUUCGUUAA